AAAACUGUGUAUGACUUUUAACACUGCAUCAUCAAACGCUCUUGCAGACCACAUCAGUGUUUUGUCUCUGUGUGAUGAUAAAGUAACAAGGAGAGGAGAACCACAUUACGAGUAUUAGACUCACUCUGACACAGCUUCUGUAGGGAGCGAAGCUUCAGCGCAGCACGGUACACUGCUGGACGGACUUCAUUCAGGCCCUCUACACAAAACACAUAAUGCUGAAUUUCUCUUGUAAUGCAGAUAACUACAUACACCAUCAAGACCAUACAUAAUUUGGUAGUGGUGUCCUGGCUGCUGGUGGUGUUUUCAGGCAAACUUAAAUUAAGCUUCCUCUACAUAUUUGAAAACCAUAAACAUCCUUGUCUGAAUAAAACAAAAAAAAGGGGCAGUGUACGAGUGUGUCAAUGCAAAAGAAACAUUUUAGAUCUAAAGCUCUGCAUGGGACUUAAAUAUGUUUUUCAGUUGGAAUACAUCUACAACAACCUGCCCAUUUUAACCCCUGCUGAGGAGGAGGGGCGUUAACUCUUGUGAAUGUUGAGUCUCCAUCAGCAGGACAAAAUUACACUCACACUCACAGACGGGGACUGGGGGAGGUGGGCCGCCCAAGUCCCAAACGGACGACUUUAUGUCAACAGCCGUUUUAAACAGUAGCCUAGUUGGCGCAAGUCAAGAAAAGUCAUAUAAUUUAGUUAUAGCUCAUAAAACAAAUGGUUGAUCCUGCCUAAUUGUAAUGGAUUUUAUUCGUUCCAAAAAAACAUCUUUGAUAGAUGUUCUCUCCACUGAUGCCAGUUUCAUUUUGCAACAUGUUCAGAGCAAAAAUCUCAUUACUCGACGGGAGUACAGUUACCUUCAAAGCAUGUCACAACAUGGUGAGAAGACUGCAGUCGAGCUGCUGGACAAACUGAUGAACAAAAAUGACCAGUACUGCAAGGAUUUUAUUUCUCUGUUGAGAGAAAAUGAAAUCCUCAACACCUUUCCUGAAUUGAGAGGGCUCCUCCCCCUUCACCGAGAUGGCCCCCAUCAACAGGCUGUUCAGUCAUCUGCACCAGAUAAUUCAUCCCAGGAGGCCAUCUUGGACAAGGCAUACAAGAUGACUAGCAGUCCUCGUGGCGUCUGUAUAAUCAUCAAUAAUGUGAACUUUAAACAAUCUCAAACACGACAAGGGUCUAAUGAAGAUGCAGAAGCCUUGAAAAAAGUCUUCACCUGGCUGGAUUUUACAGUGGAAUGCCACGAAGACCUGACCAAAGACGAAAUGAAGACCAUUGUACAGGAGUGCAGUCAGAGGGCUGGUGGAGACUGCUUCGUCUGUUGUGUUCUCAGUCAUGGAGAAGCAAAGGGUGUGUUGGGGUGUGACAAUGAAGUCCUUCCUAUAGAAGACAUACUCACCCCCUUGAAAGGGCACAACUGCCAGGCCCUUGCUGGAAAGCCUAAACUCUUCUUCAUCCAGGCUUGUCGAGGGAAACGUUUUCAGAACGAAGUGAAAAUCCACACCGACGGCUCUCAGGAAGACAACCAGGGAUUGGACCUGGAUGCUAACCCAUGGGAAAUUAUCUCCAUCCCAGCAGAUGCUGACUUCCUUGUCUCCAUGUCUACUGUGGACGAGCACUACUCUAUUAGGCACUCCACCAACGGCUCAUGGUUUAUACAGUCUCUAUGCAAGCGGCUCGAAGAAGGCAUACUCAGGGGGGAUGACAUCUUGACUGUUCUUACCAAAGUCAAUGAUGAUGUCUGCCAGGAGGAAGGCUUCAUCAGGGGAAAGAAAGCCAAACAGGUCCCUGACCAGUCCUUCAGACUCCGGAAGCGGCUUGUUUUUCCAGCGCCUAAGAGUUCAGAUCUGUAGCGAUGAUCAGUCAUGUGUGCCCACACUGUGACACAUUUUUAUUUUUAUAAAAAAAAUGCUAAGGCUGAUUUAUUUUUGGAUUCAAAAUAUACAUUAUUUUUUAUUUGGUGAAGGACAAAGUGGCCAGUAUGAAACAAAGGGAACACAUUCAUGUAUACACAUAUUGUAAAUGAUGACAAAAAAUAAAAAUAAUCUCAAACAUAA